CACGUGACACUGUUGCGACUGCAAGGCUUAUAACGUGUCCGCCAUCGAGCGCAGGGGGCAGUCUGCCGGCUCCCGUGGGGGAUGUAGUCUGAAACAUGAAUGUCCCAGCCGUUAUCUCGGCGGCGUUCUUCAUUGCUGUGGUACCUACGGCAUCGCUUAGCCAGAAUCACGGAGAUAAUCAAUAUGCCGUGCCCUGGCCUUUGCUCCUUUCGAGGGGAGGCGAUAUGAUCAGUGGAAGACCACAGCACGGACAGAAGUUUUACGAUGGUCAGUUCAACGACAACGGAUUCCCGAACACAGGUUGGGAUGACGUGAUCCACUGGAAUAACGGGAUCAGAGACAACUUCUUCUACCAUAGCGGCCUCCAGCCCAGGAACCAGGAAAUCCCACAAGACUCGUGGGGGGGUAGCCCUCUCCUGGGAAGAGGGAGAGCGCGAGGUGGGGGAGGGGUUCAUAACCAAUUGCCGGUUUACCACCCGUGGGCAAACGUAAUAGGAUCGUACCUCGAUGGUGUAAAUACACCCACAGUAGUCGGAGGCCAAGCAAAGCUUCGACAAAAACGCCACGUGGAAUUUGAUGACGAAGAAGACCGAAGACCAAGAAGGAAGCGGCGACGCCGAAAACGCCUGCGCCAUGAGGGCCACGGUCUACGGUCGCCGGCCGGUCCGGGACUAGUGCUUGGCAAAGCCCCUCGCUGUCCCAAAGCAGCUGGUGGUAAGCCAAUGCAAUUCAGCCUAAAGGUUGAUCCUUCCAGCAGAUGAAAGACGACGAUUUUGUUUAUUUUAUUGUUAAAAGACAAUAAAGAGGAACACUUAAUCUGCUUAUAGAGUAAUUAAGUGUUCUUUGCAGAACCUA